CUUGGAAGAAACAGUGAAGGUGCCAGGUUAAUGGCCUCACUGAGCCUCAUCAGUGCUCCUCUGGAGCGCCCUGGGACGUCCUGCCGCGCUGCAAACGCUCGGCGGAGGUCCCCACCACCACCCGGCCCGACCUCCAGCACCUACCCCGUUCGGGAGAUUCUUGACGAUCAGCCGCGACAUCCCGCCGCCGGUCCGGUGUCGUCGGUCCCCGGUAACGGCCCCACGCGCCGCCGGUCCGGUGUCCCCGGUAACGGCCCCACGCGCCGCCGGUCCGGUGUCCUCGGUAACGGCCCCACGCGCCGACCACCCGUUUCGCUUCCCAGAAUGCCCCGCGACACGGCGGCCGGCGAGGGACAAUCCACCUCCGCGCACUUCAAAACGGGCGCAAUAUCCCCGUCAGCCGUUGGCCGGGGCGCCGCACGAGCCGGGUUGUUCGCCUCAGGCGGUGAGGUUCCGCACGUCAGACCGGGGCCCGGCACUGGGCUCAACAGAUAUCCAAGAAGUGCAACCUUGUCACAAACUGAGGAACAUCGAGAAGACAGUUACGCCGAAGACUCACCAGCAUUGAAACUUGCAGCCACCAAUCCAGAUCCAGAUGCAGCACUUAAUUUAUUAGAUAGAUUAGACAACAUGAAGUGAGACACCAGGCAUGAAUGACUUGUAGCCAAGGCAGAAGGCAAGAUGGCCUAGGUUCCAACUCACCAAAUGUGGUCACAUACAAUUUCUACUAAUGUAGACUCAGAAGAUUUGAAUGGCAAAUUUGCAUGAAUGAACUGUAUAGUGCAUUGUAAAACCAGGCAGAAAGACUGAGUUCAGCUUAAAGGCAACAACUUAACAAACAGUUCUGACUGCUGCUGUCCAUGGCAUUAUGGUGGUGUCCACAGCUGACCUGGCAGCCAGAGCUGAACAAAACCAUCAUUGGAGCCAUUUGCAGUCUCCUUAACUGAAUAUCAACAAUCUUCAGCCAGCUACACUGCAGACAACAGGGUAACAAUGCACUGGAAUUUUAUGAUGAACACCAAGGGGAAGGCACAAGGGUGAUUACUUGACUAUUUUCCAAUUUAAAAUUUAUAAACAAUCAUAAAUUAAUUUCAAUUUCCCAGCUGUGUGGUGGCAUUUAAACUAAUGUCUCCAAUUCAGUUGUCCAGUCUUCUGUUUAAUAGUUCAAUAACAUAACCAGUGCUAUCAUACUCCAAAAUGCCUUGUACAUUGUUCCUCAUAGGAGGUUCAAGUAAAAGAAAAUUUCAUGGUCAACAUUUUGGGUGAAUGUAACCUGCUGCUAGCUUUUUCCCUGUCCUCGCCCUUCGUCUUGCUGUGGCUUUGUCCUCUGAUCAUUCAUGCAAGAGGGUUGCCUGGUAAUCUGGGGGCCUCUGCAAAAGUAUAAAUUUGCCACCUUUUAGAGGGGGAUGUGUGCCUGCCCUGAUUGUUCUUGGGUGAACUUGUGCAUGUGCAUCCAUGAUCGCGUGAAUAAUUUUUUUGGAUGAUUAUUGAGAUCAUAUUUAACUGCUUGCUCCCACCUUAUGCACUUCACUGCUAUUAAUGAUCCCAUGUCUGGAAACAAUUUGUUCACAUUGAAGCCAAGAGUAAUCAUAAAGGCUUUCAGCACCCACUACACUGCUCUCUCUUUAUUUUGGUAAUUUUAAAUGACAAUGGAAAGCAGCAAAUAUUUGAAGAAUCACAACAGCCAGAAGAAAUCAAUCAUCAACUGAGCCAGUUGUUGAUGAUCCCUGUAAGUAGCACUGGACAAAGGUCUCUCCUGCUGCUGAAUGAGGUCAUAACCUGGUGGGUUUAGGAGAUUAGCUGGACUCUUGUGCUCCAUGAUGUCAGCAUGGUGUAAUGUUAAUGUAGCGUGCAAGUUGACAUCACAAUCUUCCUGUUUUCUGCAUACUUCUGCAAGUGUUCUCUUUGCAUGUACUAACCAACAUGGUGUCUAGAAGUGUUCUUCCACAAAUGUACCCACAUGCAGUGGAGACAAUUUUUGAGCUCUAAGGCACUCCCAAGAUAUUUGAUGUUAUUGAUCCUAAUAUGCUGCCAUUAUAGUCCACUGUAUAAUCAAAAUCAUCCUCUUCCAUCUUUAUUGGUUUCUUCAAGUGAAGGUUCUGUCCUUGAAAAACAGAAGAGCCAUGAGAGCUGACCUAUCAAAGGAAGCAGACAUGGCAUUGACAGAGUUGAGCUGAAAGGAUUUACUGGAUAACUUUGUACAAUGUUUAGUCCCUAGUCUGUCAAUACAUCUGCCUUUCAAAAUAUUAAAACAUUAUGAAAGUCCA